CAUCAACUGCCCUUGUGGGACCCUGAGCACACACACGGGUCUCAAGUCGCGAUCACGCAGUGCACACAUCUUCUUCUCCAACCACCAUGAGUGCGACCCCGCCGUCUGAGAGCGCUCCUCUUCUCCCUGACGUCGAGCGCGCUAAGCCAGAGCCCACAAAGCGAAUCAGAGCUGUCAUUCAUGCAGCGCUCUCCGUUAUUUUUGUGUUGACGCUCGUACUCGUGCUCUUUUUCCUCGACGACGGGAUAAGCGGAUCCUGGCUUUCUGGGCAGCUGCCGAAGGACCCAAUCUUAGCGGCGCAGGAGGUGUUAAAGGUAGCGCCCGUGAUCGAUGGACACAUAGAUCUUCCAUGGCUCGUGCGCGCGGCAUACGCGAACAAUGCGACCGCAAUCGACCUCGAAAGCCGGAUGCCUGGCCAUGUGGAUAUUCAGCGCCUGAAGGAGGGACACGUCGGGGGAUUUUUCUGGUCUGUCUAUACAUCGUGUCCGCGGGAUGCUGGUUAUGACCCUGACGGGGAUUUUGUCAACUCGACGUGGAGCGUUCGAGACACGUUAGAACAAAUAGACGUUGCACGUCUGCUCAUCGACAAGUAUCCCGAUGUAUUUGAGCUCACGCUUACUGCCGCCGAGGUUAGGUCCGCCAUUGGGCGAGGCAAAAUCGCAAGUCUGCUUGGUGUCGAGGGAGCGCACCAGCUAGGCAACUCGAUCGGCGUCCUCCGACAGUAUUACAGUCUGGGCGUGCGCUAUAUGACACUGACACACACCUGCCAUAACGCAUUCGCUGACUCCUGUGGACUGUUUGACGGCAUCGAGCCGUUGCAUGGCGGGCUGAGCACUCUUGGCCGCGCUCUUGUCCCUGAGAUGAACCGCCUAGGGAUGCUCGUCGACAUCUCACAUACUUCAGAUGCCACUGCGCUCGAAGCGAUCAGUGUGUCCCGCGCGCCGGUGAUGUGGAGCCAUUCCUCCGCCCGCACACUUCGAGAUAUCCCCCGGAAUGUCCCAGACAGUGUGCUGGGGAAGAUCGGGGACGAAAGCGAGGGUAAGAAGGACGGUAUUAUCAUGGUCAACUUUUAUCCGGCCUUCGUGCAUGAUUCUGGAGAGGCCGACGUGAGCGUGAUCGCUGACCAUGUCGAGCAUAUCGCGAAUGUGACGGGGAAGAAACACGUGGGUUUCGGAAGUGAUUAUGACGGGAUCAACACAGUUCCCAAAGGCCUCGAAGAUGUCUCAAAGUACCCUGUGCUCGUUGCAGAGCUGUACCGACGCGGCUGGAGCAAGCUCGAGCUUUCAGGUCUGACAGGCGGGAACAUGCUGAGAGUCUUGGAAGGCGCUGAAAGGGUUAAGGAGGAAAUGCGCCGCGAGGGCGUGCAGCCUGCAGCGGAUCUGUACGACAAGAGGCCAGAUCUGCCUAUAAAGGAAGAAUUAUAGGUGUUAUGAUAGACUCUUUAUUGGCGCAUAUGUAAAGUCUGUUUAGUUUCAUUUGUUGUAGAGCGAGAUAGUAGUAUUGAGAUCUCUGAG